UUUCCCCUUUCUCAGGUAUUUUGGGGUUCCAGGGAGACGUUCAGAGCCUUUUUGUGAGGGUUGGGGUCUCCCUGCCCCGUUUGGUGGCCCCGGCCCGGCGGCUCCUGGAGCGGGGGCUGCGCUGGGGAGGGCUGGGGGUGCACCCAGCACCCCCCUACGAGGCCAACAUCGACUUUGAAAUCAGGUUCAUGGCCGACUCCGGCAUCGUCGGCUGCUCCUGGGUGGAGCUGCCCCCCGGGGGGGUUCCGCUGGAGGGGGGACCCCCAAAACCCCCCGGGGACCCCCCCAAGGCCACCCUGUGCCAGCUGGAGGCCGACGCUGCCUGGGGGGGGCUGAGGGGUCACCCCCCCGAGGGGCCCUGGCUGGGGCUGCCCCCCCUGAGGGUGCUGAGCUUCGAUAUCGAGUGUGCUGGGAGGAAGGGGGUGUUCCCGGAGGCCGAGCGGGACCCGGUGAUCGCCAUCGCGGCCGUGGCGCUGCGCCAGGGCUGCCGGGAGCCCUUCCUGAGGGUCGUGUUCACCCUGCUCGGCUGCGCCCCCCUGCGCGGAGCCACCGUCCGGAGCUUCGACAGCGAGAGGGAGCUGCUGCAGUCGUGGGCGGAGUUCAUUCGCAUCGUGGACCCCGACGUGAUCACAGGGUACAACAUCCACAACUUCGACUUGCCCUACCUGAUCCAGAGAGCUCAGGUGUUACAGGUGUCGUCGUUCCCAUACCUGGGCCGGGUCAGGGGCGUCCCGUCCCAGGUGAAGGAUUCUGCGUUCCAGUCCCGCCAGCUGGGCCGCAGGGAGGGCAAGGUGGUCAGCACACCUGGGAGGGUCACACUGGACAUGCUGCAGGUGCUGCUGAGGGAGCACAAGCUGCGCUCGUACUCGCUGAACGCCGUCAGCGCGCACUUCCUGCACGAGCAGAAGGAGGACGUGCCCCACGGCAUCAUCACCGAGCUGCAGAACGGCGACGCGCAGACGCGGCGCCGCCUGGCCCUGUACUGCCUGAAGGACGCGGUGCUGCCGCUGCGGCUGCUCGAGCGCCUCAUGACGCUGGUGACGCUGGUGGAGAUGGCGCGGGUGACGGCCGUGCCGCUCAGCUACCUGCUGAGCCGGGGACAGCAGGUCAAGGUGGUGGCGCAGCUCCUGCGGCAGGCCAUGCAGGAGGAUUUGCUGCUGCCGGUGGUGAAGCCGGAGGGGGGAGAGGAUUUUGAGGGGGCCACGGUGAUUGAACCCCUCAAAGGGUACUACGACGUGCCCAUCGCCACUCUGGAUUUCUCCUCCCUGUACCCGUCCAUCAUGAUCGCCCACAACCUGUGCUACACCACCCUGCUGCCGCCAGGGGGCGUCCAGAAACACCAGCUGGGCCCCGAGGAUUUCAUCCGGACCCCCACGGGGCAGCAGUUCGUGACCCCCCAGGUGCGCAGGGGGGUCCUGCCCCGCGUCCUGCAGGGGCUGCUGGCAGCCAGGAGCAGGGUGAAGGCGGCUCUGGCCGAGGAGCAGGACCCCGAGCGGCGCCAGGUGCUGGACGGGCGGCAGCUGGCACUGAAGGUCAGCGCCAAUUCCGUGUACGGCUUCACCGGGGCGCAGGCCGGGAAACUGCCCUGCCUGGAGAUCUCACAGAGCGUCACCGGCUUCGGGCGCCAGAUGAUCGAGAGGACGAAGCAGCUGGUAGAGAGCAAGUACCCGGAUGUACAGGUGGUGUACGGGGACACGGACUCGGUGAUGUGCCGCCUGAGCGUGCCCUCGGUGGCCGAGGCGGCCGCGCUCGGACGUGAAGUGGCCACCUGGGUGUCCGGCCACUUCCCCUCCCCCAUCCGGCUGGAGUUCGAGAAGGUGUACCUGCCCUACCUGCUGAUCAGCAAGAAGCGUUACGCCGGCCUCUGCUUCCCGGGGGGCUCCGGGGGUGACCCCAAGCUGGACUGCAAGGGGCUGGAGGCUGUCAGGAGGGACAACUGUCCCCUGGCUGCCAACCUGGUGACAGCCUGCCUCAGGAGGAUCCUGCUGCACAG